AUGGCACGGAACCUGUUUCUGGCCGUCUUGGCCCUUCGCUGUGCAACAGCUGCUGCUGAUGUCGCCCAGCUUCGAGGAUCCAACCAGACCAAAGACCUGGGCUCCCUAGCCGGGGCGAGCCGCACUAUCAGCAAGCAUGUCCUGUACGAUAAGCUCAUGGGCUACUGGGUGGGUCAACUUGUGGGCAACUUCAUGGGCUUGCCCUUCGAGUUCCUCUACAACGAUUCGCCCAUGCCCAUCGAGCCGCAGGGCUACUACGACCAACACAGCGCACACUCGGCCGGCCUCAGGAUCAACUCAGACGGGCGAGGACGCAUCCCCCAAAGGUUGAAUCAACUCCAGGGAGCCUACACUGAUGACGACACGGACAUCGAGUUUGUCACCCUGCAUGCAUUGAUGGAGCAUGGUCUUGGCUUGAACUACAAGCAGAUCGCCGGAUACUGGAAGAGCUAUGUCCACAUCCAGGUCAACGGCGGCGAUGCGCUCUGGUUUGCGAACAAGGUCGCGCGAGAAAACAUGAACAGAGGUGAGAUUCCACCACUUACUGGUUCACAGGGACACAACCGAUUUUGGUGGACGAUCGAUCCACAGCUCGUGAACGAGCUCUGGAGCGCCAUCUAUCCUGGUAUGGUCGACAAGGCUGUGGAUCGCGCAGAGUGGGGUGCCAGGAUUACCAGCGACUCCUGGGGCACGCACCCUACCCGCUUCUACGCUGCUCUUUACAGUGCUGCGUUCUUUAGCAAUGAUGUCCACAGGAUGUAUGACAUUGGUAUGUCAAAGGUUCCGGGAGGCAGUCCGUACCACAAAGCCCUCCAGGAUGUUCGUCAGUGGCACUCAGAGAGUCCCCAGGACUGGAGGCAGACCUGGUACAAGAUCAGGAAUGCAUACACUUAUUACCCCUCCGACUGUGGUGGAGUUCCAUGGAACUGUGGAGUCUCGGCGAUGGUGAAUGGAGCCAUGGGUGCCAUGGCAUUCCUGUACGGUGGGGGCGACUUCAAGCGAACCGUUGGCAUUGCAAUUGCAGCUGGCUUCGACUGUGACAACCAGGCAGCCACGCUCGCGGGCGUCGUGGGAGUCAUGCAUGGCGCCAGGGCGAUCCCGCAUGAACUUACUCACCAGGUAGCCGGAAACAACUGGCAGCAACCGUUCAACAACCGCUACGUCAAUGAACGCCGACCGCCACUGCCACGGGACCAGACAAACACCGACAUUGUCGACAAGGUCAUGAUCCUCGCCUCUCGUGCCAUUGUUGAGCAGGGUGGACAGGAUCUCGGUGAUAGCUUUCUGGUGCAACUGUCUCCGCUGAGCGUCGAGGCCAGCCGUGAUCUGGCGCUGUCGCUCGAGGGCCGGCGCCCAGACGAGGCAAAGCGGCGAUGGGCGCAGGCGGCAGCAGUGGCCAAGGUUUUGGACGGUCGCGCGAGUCUUGAGGAAGUCUUGCAGGAGUGGGGUCGGUCCACCGCCCCAGCACCUCCCGCUGGCCUCUCAGAAACGAGCUGCAAGGCUAUGCACCUCUCAAGGCCGAGUGCGGCGGCACUCAUGGCAGGGCUGUCAGCCCGAGACUAUGGGGGAGGGCUCGCCACGAAAGGGUGGGAAGGGCGCGCGACCCAAGAUGUUUCGCUGACCAAAGACGAUGGCUUCGAUGAUGAAGUGGCUCAGGCUGCUGGCAUCUCCGAGGAAGAUCCUAACCAGGACCUCCUCAAGCAACGUGCAAAGGAAGGCCGAGCCAGAGCCAACGAGCUGGCCGAGUUUGCCAAGCUGCAGGAGAGCCAGAAGAAGGAAUCUGCCACCAAGGCUGGAUUGGCAUCACUGGUGGCAGAGCGUGCCGCCGCCAAGAACACAAAGCGUGAACUUCCGAGCUUCCUGAAAGUUGGUGGAGCCAAGAGCCAGACGCCGCUCUCACUGCAACAUGAGAGAGCUUGUACCUGCAGACUGCUUCACUCUUUCACUUUCGCUGCGUUGCCGUGUUUCGCAGAGUACAUGUUGAGAAUUCCUUCCAACGGAAGGCCAGAACAAAGUCGAACGCUCCUGAUUCCACCAACCCGACAAGCCUGUGGCAUGUUCCAUUGCAUGCGAGGGUCGAAAUCCAUCUGA